AGGAAUUAAAAAGAGUUAAACCACAAUGUUUGAGAUACGGUACCAAUCUCUCUCUUCUCAAGUAGUCUUCUCUUGAAUACACUUUUUUUUCUCUCUCCUCUUUUCUUUUUCUUAUCUUCUCUCUCUUCUCUCAGCACUCUUCUCUUUCCCCCCUGAACCCCAUUUCCUCAGCAAUCCAAGAUUUUCCCACAAAAACCCAAUCUUCUUCUUCUUUUCCCACACAAACCAGAACUCCUAAGAUUUUAGGAGAGAGAAAAUCAAAAUAAAUAAACCCACAACAACAAACUCCAUUGUUGCCCCCUCUUCUUCUUUUUCUUAAGAUCCACCUACAAAUUUCCCACCUUUUUUUUCUUUUGGCAAAAUUAACACCUGGGUUUUCUCUAUUUUAUCUUAAUUUGUAAAGGGUAUUCCCCAGAUUUGAACGAAGAGUUUUAUUUGGUAUUGUAUUUUGUGAUGCGAUUAUUAUUAAUAGAAGAAGAGGAGAGAGAAAAUUGAUGCCGCCGGAGCCAUUGCCUUGGGAUCGGAAGGAGUUGUUUAGGGAAAGGAAUCACGGCCACGAAUUUGGAAGUGGGCCACCUUCUUCUAGAUGGAGAGAUUCUUCUUCUUCUUCCUCUUAUGCCGGAUCCCGCAACACCAACAACAACAACAACAACAAUGAGUAUUCGCCUCGUUGGGGUUUUCCGUCUUCAGAGUUUCGUCGACCACCUGGUCAUGGUAAGCAGGGUGGGUGGCAUAUGUACUCGGAGGAUCAUGGGUAUUCGACCCCUCGUUCGAGUGAUCGUUUUUUAGAUGAUGAUGUGUUUAGACCAUCUGGUGUGCGGGGUGAUGGAAGAUACAGUAGAGGUUAUAGGGAAAAUCGUUCCCAUUUUGGCCAGAAAGAUUGGAGAAGUCAUUCUUGGGAAGCCAACCACCAUCAUAGCGCUCCGUCUAAUGGAGUAGUCAGGCCUCAUAUUAUUAAUGAUCAGAGAUCAGUUGAUUCACCUAUGCGUGCUUCUCAUCCGCAUUCUGAUACUUGCGAUCAGGUUCAUACAAAGGACCAGACUGAUAAAAUGAGUGAUGCUAAUGGGUCUGGCAUGGGCCAGAGAGGUGAUAAAGAGAACUUGCUGGGAUCCGUUGAUUGGAAGCCUCUUAAGUGGUCUCGUUCGGGAAGCCUGACAUCGAGGGGUUCUGGUUUUAGUCAUUCAAGUAGCUCCAAGAGUAUGGGAGGAGAGUCUAGUGAUGUCAAGGUUGAUUUGCCCCCAAAGAAUGUUACCCCCGUUCGAUCCCCUUCUGGGGAUGCUGUUGCUUGCACGCCCUCAGCUGCUCCUCUGGAAGAUACAUCUUCAAGGAAGAAGCCACGGCUUGGAUGGGGGGAGGGGCUGGCAAAGUAUGAGAAAAAGAAAGUUGGCCCAGAAGACAAUGUAAACAAGGCUGGAAAUGCAACUUCACUUGGUAAUGUGGAACCCUCACAUUCACUUGCGUCAAAUAUGGCUGACAAGAGUCCCAAGGUUAUGGGUUUCUCUGAUUGUUCGUCACCUGCGACACCAUCAUCUUUUGCCUGCAGUUCCUCACCAGGACUGGAAGAGAAGACAUAUGGGAAAGCAAUUGAUGCUGAUGGUGAUGCUAGUAACUUCAGUGUAUCAUCAAUGCCUGUGCCUGAGCCUGAGCCUGAGCCUCAGAGUCAGCCUGAAGCAUCACAUUUUACUUUGGAAAAAUUGGAACUGAACUCAAUCACCAACUUGGGUUCCUUGCUCAGUGAACUGCUACAGGUAGAUGAUCAAUGCUCGCAUGAUUCUGGUUUUAUGAGAUCCUCGGCUUCGAACAAACUGCUGUUGUGGAAAGGUGAUAUCUCAAAGACAUUAGAGUUGACUGAAACUGAAAUUGAUUCACUUGAAAAUGAACUGACGUCGUUGAAGUCUGAUACUGUUCAAACCCUUGAUUGUCCUGCGGCUCCUGCCUCUUCCAAUUCAAGGCCCGUGGAUUAUAAAGAUGGACCAAGAGAUGUCGUAAAUGUCUUUCCUCGACCAGAACCUUUGGAAGUGGUCUUGAAUGGAGAUAUUAUGGAAGACAGACCUCCUUGUGAUGAUGACAGAGGACUUCAAGCAGAAAGCAAGGAUGAAGAUAUUGAUAGUCCUGGAACUGCCACGUCAAAAUUUGUGGAAUCUCCUCUUCAAAAAUCAGUCUCCCUUGAGGUGUGCAAAAAUUCGUCUGCGGAGACUGGGUUUCUUGAAUUUACUAAAAGCAAAAUUGAACCGGCUUCGUGUGUGGAUGAGGCAGAUGUUGGUACAUCUUGUCAAGGCCAUGAUAGAAUUUUGGACCAAGAUGAUAACAGUAUUGCACUUGGGAUUGAACAGCCUGUCAUCUGUGAUAAUAUGGAGGACAAUAGAUAUGAUGCAAUACUAGGUUCUAAUAAGGAAUCUGCUGACAGGGCUGCUGAAGCGCUGCGUAAGUUGUUGCCUCAUAGUGAUUAUUCGGUGGAAGCUAAUAGAGGAUCUUGUUUGCCAGCUGAUUCCACGAUAAAAGAGAAGUUUCUGAAAAGGAAGCGGUUUCUCAGAUUUAAAGAGAGAGUGUUAUCAUUAAAAUACAGAGCUUUUCAUCACCUCUGGAAGGAGGACUUACGCUUGCUGUCUUUAAGAACUCAUCGUGCAAAGCCACACAAAAAGCUAGAUCUAAGUUCACGCUCACUGCAAAUUGGAAGUCAGAAGCAUCGAUCUUCAAUACGUUCACGUUUUGCUUCACCAGCUGGAAGUUUAAGCCUGGUUCCGACAACAGAGAUCAUUAACUUUACAGGCAAGCUGCUCUCUGAUUCUGAGGUCAAGGUUUAUAGGAGUAGUUUGAAGAUGCCACCUAUGAUCUUGGAUGACAAAGAGAAGAUGGCAAGGUUUGUGUCAAGUAAUGGAUUAGUUGAAGAUCCCUGUGCAGUUGAGAAGGAGAGAGCUUUAAUUAAUCCAUGGACUAUUGAAGAGAAAGAAAUUUUCAUGGAUAAGCUAGCAACCCAUGGGAAGGAUUUUCCGAAGAUUGCUUCAUUUCUUGAGCACAAGACAACAGCUGAUUGCAUCGAGUUUUAUUACAAGAAUCAUAAAUCAGAAUGCUUCCAGAAAAUCAAGAACCUAGAAGGGAAAAAGCAAGGAAAGCCUUUAUCUUCCAAUACAUAUCUAGUGACAUCUGGGAAGAAAUGGAGUAGGGAGAUGAAUGCUGCUUCCCUUGAUAUUUUGGGUGCAGCUUCAGUUAUUGCAGCUCAAGCUGAUCAGGACUUCGAAACUUCAAAAUUGCUUUUAGGAAAAUCUAGCAACCGGAAGUCUAGAGAGUCAGAUGGCAACAUUGAAGCAUCAAGUAGUUUUUAUGGUGCUGAGCAUGAAAGAGAGACUGCCGCUGCUGAUGUAUUGGCUGGCAUAUGUGGUUCGUUAUCAUCAGAGGCAAUGAGCUCCUGUAUUACUAGUUCUGUUGAUCCUGUCGAGGGUAAUCAGGACUGGAAGCACCAAAAGAUUGGUUCCAUUAGGAGGCCUUUGACACCAGAGGUCACGCAGAAUGUUGAUGAUGAUACAUGUUCCGAUGAAAGCUGUGGAGAGAUGGACCCUGCUGACUGGACAGAUGAUGAGAAGUCUUUGUUUGUACGGGCAUUCUCAUCUCAUGGUAAGGACUUUCUGAUGAUUUCUCGAUUUGUAAGGACAAAGUCAAGGGAUCAGUGCAAAGUCUUCUUUAGUAAGGCACGCAAGUGUCUUGGUCUGGACACCUUACAGACUGGAUCUGGCAUCGGAGGAAUUCAUGCAAGCAUUGAUGGAAAUGGGGAGGGAAGUGACAAUGAUGAUGGUGGUGGUAUUGCAGAGACAGGGUCCAUUGUUUGCAGUGAUAAAUCAGGUUCCAGAAUAGAUGAAGACCUGCUACUGCAUGUUAACCAAGAUGUGUCCAAGCCUGAAGCUGCUGUUGCUGAUUUGAACAUUUCGGAAGAUAAUUGUGGUCCAGGACAGUUAGAUCACAAAGAUGCAGGUUUGGGACUGGAAGAUUUGCUUCCUCAUGGUCAUCUGGCAGAUGUCUCAGGUCCUAUUGUUAGUAGUGGGGUGGUUGAUGUGCUAGUUAAGGCCUCGGUUGAUACCCAAAGAUCUGGAAUUCAUUUAAUUGUCCAGGAUGACAAGUCUAAGAUGAAUGCAGUAAAUUGUAAAAGUGCUGCUGAAGCUAUGCCUCACGUUGCAGGUGUUGCUAUGGACAUGGAAGCAGGUUCUGGAAUCUCUAACAGGAAAUCAGAAGUGCAUGUAACUUCUGUACCAAUUGAGCUGUCGAGUCCUGGUGAUGGGCUGUUCAGACCAUCGGCUUCUGGGGAUAAUGUGCAUCCUCUCCAGUCUGGUAGCUCUAUGAUGAAUGAAGGUGAACCUCAUCGUGAUUUAAAAGGUUUCCCAUUAGAUUUGUCAAUUAAGGCAGAGUUGCAUGAUGUUAUCACUCACACUGUUGGAUCUGAGAGCAUUGAUCAUUCAUUUCAAGAUUCUUUUCUUAGAAAAUGUAGUCGAACUGCAUCUCAUUCAGUUGCGGAGCUUCCUCUCCUUCAACAGAGGGAAGGUGGUCUUGGGUCCAGCUUUUCUUCAAAAACCGAAAAGCCAGGUAGAAAUGGUGAUGUUAAGUUAUUUGGAAAGAUUCUGAGCAAACCAUCUUCAGAUGAGAAGGCUAGGCACCAUUCAGCUUCAUGUGGCAAGUUUGACAUGAUGAAGUUGGCUACUAAUCAAGAUUUAAAAGGACAAACUAAUUCUACGUGCCUUGCUGAUGACCACAAUAGCUUCCUGGGCCUAGAGAAUGUUCCAAUCAGGAGCUAUGGUUUUUGGGAUGGAACUAAAAUACAGACUGGGUUUUCAUCUUUGCCAGAUUCAGCUUUGCUGCUGGCUAAGUAUCCGGGUGCUUUUACUAAUUACUCAAAGUUGUCGGAGCAACAGCCCUUGCAAGUAGGAGUGGAUGGUAAUGAGUGCAAUAUGAAUGGUGCUUGUGUCUUCUCACCAAGGGAAUUUAGCAGCAGCAACUGUGGUAGUGUUAUAGAUUAUACAGUCCUAAGGCAAGACAGUCUGCAGCCAUUCAGACUGGAUAUGAAGCAAAGGCAUCCAGAUGUAUUUCCGGAGGUACAAAGGAACGGUUUUGAGGCCGUGUCCAGUUUACAGCAACAGGGAAAGGGGACAUUGAAUGUUGUACAGGGAGGAGACAUUCUUGGAGGUUCAUGCUCCGGGAUUUCAGAUCCUGUGGCGGCACUGAAGUUGCAUUAUGCCAGUCACCAGUAUGGUGGUGGUGGUGGUGGUAGUGGUGCAGUGAACGGGAUUAUUAGGGAGGAAAGUUGGAGUCGUCAAGGAGGAGAUGUAGGGAGGUAGUAGGAACGCCAGGGGCCGGUCUUUAAUAGAGGAAGGACGGCCCUGGGUGGCGGCAAAUCGUCUUUGUUUGCCACAAGUUGUACAUUAGGUUUUUGUAUUGUUGAAUUCGUCGCCUUUGUUUUACCUUAAAGAUUUAAUUUAGGUCCCCUUAGAUUGCUUUGUAAUAUUGCAGGGUUUGCAUUUGUUGUAUUUGAUGGAAAAUACGAGAAAUAACCUGGGAAAUUUUGGGAGGUGAGGAAUUUACAGUCAAUCUUAUGGCCUCCUUCCAUCUGUCAACAGAUCAGUAGUCUGAUGUUUUUGUUCAUAAGUAGUUCCAAGUUUAAUUUAAGAGAGCACAAAAUUCUGGCCUUC